CCAAAUCUAUCUAACAGAGAGAAUCGCACUCCACACAGUUCAUUCAUUCUGAAAACACAUCCAGCCUUGGCUUUGGAGUGCGUAAAGGAGCAUUGCGCUUUUACGCAAAAAAAACUUGAAAAUCUAACUUUUUUGUAUCAUCCCGGGGAUUCAGACCUGCACAUUUUUGUCACGAAUACUAAGUUUUAAGAAACUUCAGCGCAACUUGAAGUCGUCCAGAGCUCCAGAGAGAUCACCGGGCUCUCCAUCACCAUGCUGUUCGACACUUUCGACCUCGUCUCGGCUCUGGCCACUCUGGCCGCCUGCCUGGUGUCCAUGGCUCUGCUCCUCGCCGUCUCCCAGCAGCUGUGGCAGCUCAGAUGGACGGCCACGCGGGAUAAAAACUGCAAGCUGCCCAUGCCCAAAGGAUCCAUGGGCUUCCCUUUCAUCGGCGAGACCUGCCACUGGCUCCUGCAGGGCUCGGGUUUCCACGCGUCGCGGAGGCAGAAGUACGGCAACGUGUUCAAGACCCACCUGCUGGGCCGCCCUCUGAUCCGGGUGACGGGCGCCGAGAACGUGCGCAAAGUGCUGAUGGGCGAGCACACGCUGGUGACGGUGGACUGGCCGCAGAGCACCGCCACGCUGCUGGGACCCAACUCACUGGCCAACAGCAUCGGAGACAUCCACCGCAAGAGGAGGAAGAAGAGCCACAGCGCGCUGGUUUUCCACUACAGGGCCAGUCAGGGCCAAACAGGGCCAGCCAGGGCCAGCCAGGGCCAGCCAGGGCCAGCCAGGGCCAGCCAGGGCCAGCCAGGGCUCACACAUCAUCUGAAAAACAACAUCAAACACAUGUAUCUCUGCAGCGACAGACUUCUCAGCUUCGGUUUGGAACCCAGAACUCCAUCCAGGGAUUCUCGAAUGUCCAAGAGUCCCAUCGCAGAAGCUUCCUCUCCAAUCACGGAAGUCACAAAGCUCUGA